AUGGGCGGCAUCUCGCAUGUUGAGGCGGCGGAGACGCAGACCCGGGGCACCCGGACGGCAUCGAUGCUGGAGAUUUUGGGCCUCAAGGGCAACUUCAGCCACCUGAACCUGUCGGACCCCUUCAACGUGCACAAGCUGGGCUCCAGCUACGCCACCGAGAUCCGUGCAGGCCUGACGACUUUCUUGGCCAUGGCCUACAUCCUUCCGGUCAACAGCGGCAUGCUGAGCCUGGCCGUGCCUGACAUGAAGGAGCAGCUCGUGUGCGCCACGGCCCUCUCUGCCUUCUUUGGCUGUUGGUUCAUGGGCCUCCUGUCCAACUUCCCCUUCAUGCUCGCGCCAGGCAUGGGAACCAAUGCCUACUUCACCUUCAGCAUCGUCUUGGGCCGCGGGCUCCCAUGGCAGGCCGCCUUCGCGGCCGUGUUUGUGGCGGGCUGCCUCUUCACCCUCCUCAGCGUCACGGGCCUGCGCACACUGCUCAUCCGGCUCUUCCCCGAAGGCAUCAAGGAAAUCAUUGGGGCUGGCGUGGGGCUCUUCCUGACUUUCAUCGCCUUCCAGGGUUCCGAGGGCAUGGGCAUUUCCGUCGCAGAUCCCGCCACGCUGGUGAAGUUGGGCUCCUUGAGCUCAGCCUCCUACGACUCGGCGAAGAUGUGGAUGAGCCUCCUGGUGCUCAUCGUCACAGCCACCCUCAUGGCUGCCAAGGUUCCUGGUGCCCCCUUGGUCGGCAUCGUCUUUGGAACCGUGGUGUGCUGGAUCGAGGGCUGGGCGCACGGUGUGGAAGGAUCCGUCUUCGGCUACCCCUUCGGCACCGGAGGCGACCGAUCCGCCGAUGACUUCCACAUCUUCGGGAUUGAGCAGAGUGCCGUUAACGGGCAUGUGGAGUGCAAACGCUUCGGCAUUGCGCAUGAAGAGUUUUCGAAGGGACCACAUGGCAUACACAAAGCGCGCGCCGUGCGAGCAAAGAAGGCCUUCCAUCCGGACACCAGCGCCACGUUUUGGACGGCCGUGGCCACUUUCUGUUGCGUGGAUACGCAAUCAGCACCGAAAGUGGCGCUAGCUGUCGCAGGGCUCACAGACAGCCACGGCAACCUGCCCCUCGCCCGUCAGAACAUGGCCUACCUGGCGGAUGCGCUGGCCAUGCUGGUGGGCUCGGUGCUCGGCGUCUCGACCGUCGCCACCUUCGCGGAGUCCACGGCCGGAGUGGCGGACGGCGCCAAGACCGGCCUGGCCUCGCUGGUGACGGGCACCUGCUUCCUGCUGGCCAUUCCCUUCUCCCCGGUGGUCUCCGCAGUCCCUCCGCUGGCCUCCGGGCCCAUCCUGUGCCUGCUGGGCGCCAUGAUGUGCAGCUCCGUGCGGGGCGUGGACUGGGACGACUUGGAGGAGUCCGUGCCGGCCUUUGUGGCCAUGAUCACCAUGCCCUUCACCUUCAGCAUCGGCUACGGCAUCAUCGCCGGCUUGGUCUUGUGGGCCUCCAUUCAGGUCCUGCUCGCUCCGCUGAGGCUGUACCGUGGAGAGAGCCCCAUGGUUCGGGUUCACAUGCUUUGGGCUUCUGCCUUUGUCGAAAGCAAGGAUGACAAGCUGGAGAAGGGCAAGGACACCCCCAGCACCAUCACCCCGAGCCAGUCCUGCUCCGAGGUCUAA